AUGCGGUCAAAACAGGGGGCAGUAAGGGUCAUGACUCACUACGGGGGCUCUUGUCCAGGAGGAGGAGGAGGAGGAGGAGGAGGAGGAGGGGGUCGAUUUAGGAGAAAGAUUAAGAGCGGCGGAGGACGGAGCGGAGGGUAUAGCCAGGUCUCAUCAUGCCAACAACCCAUUGUUCAGACCGUCGCAGGUUUCCGUGAGCUUUCAACCCCACCGUUCACAGAGCAUAGCUUCAACCACACCGUUCACAGAGCAGUUUCAACCCCACCGUUCACAGAGCAUAGCUUCAACCCCACCGUUCACAGAGCAGAGUUUCAACACCACCAUUCGCAAAGCAUAGCUUUAACCACACCGUUCACAGAGCAUAGCUUCAGCCACACCGUUCAAAGAGCAGAAUUUCAACCCCCACCGUUCACAGAGCAGAGAAACCCAACCCCACCGUUCAACAGAGCAGAGCUUCAACCACCACCGUUCACAGAGCAGAAGCAGAGCCUCAACCACACCGUUCACAGAGCAGAGCUUCAACCACACCGUUCACAGAGCAGAGCUUCAACCACACCGUUCACAGAGCAGAGCUUCAACCACACCGUUCACAGAGCAGAGCUUCAACCACACCGUUCACAGAGCAGAGCUUCAACCCCACCGUUCACAGAGCAGAGUUUCAACCCCACCGUUCACAGAGCAGAGCUUCAACCACACCGUUCACAGAGCAGAGCUUCAACCACACCGUUCAAAGAGCAGAGUUUCAACCCCACCGUUCACAGAGCAGAGUUUAAACCCCACCGUUCACAGAGCAGAGCCUCAACCACACCGUUCACAGAGCAGAGCUUCAACCACACCGUUCACAGAGCAGAGCUUCAACCACACCGUUCACAGAGCAGAGCUUCAACCACACCGUUCACAGAGCAGAGCUUCAACCACACCGUUCACAGAGCAGAACUUCAACCACACCGUUCACAGAGCAGAGCUUCAACCACACCGUUCACAGAGCAGAACUUCAACCACACCGUUCACAGAGCAGAGCUUCAACCCCACCGUUCACAGAGCAUAGCUUCAGCCACACCGUUCAAAGAGCAGAACUUCAAACCACACCGUUCUAUGAGCAGAGCUUCAACAACCACACCGUUCACAGCAGAGCUUCAAACCACACCGUUCACAGAGCAGAGCUUCAACCACACCGUUCACAGAGCAGAGCUUCAACCACACCGUUCACAGAGCAGAGCUUCAACCACACCGUUCACAGAGCAGAGCUUCAACCACACCGUUCACAGAGCAGAACUUCAACCACACCGUUCACAGAGCAGAGCUUCAACCACACCGUUCACAGAGCAGAGCUUCAACCACACCGUUCACAGAGCAGAAGCUUCAACCACACCGUUCAUAGAGCAGAGCUUCACCACACCGUUCAAAGAGCAGAGUUUCCACACCGUUCACAGAGGCAGACAUGAGCUUCAACCACACCGUUCACAGAGCAGAACUUCAACCACACCGUUCACAAAGCAGAGCUUCAACCACACCGUUCACAGAGCAGAGUUUCAACCACACCGUUCACAGAGCAUAGCUUCAACCCCACCGUUCACAGAGCAGAACUUCAACCCCACCGUUCACAGAGCAGAGUUUCAACCACACCGUUCACAGAGCAGAGCUUCAACCACACCGUUCACAGAGCAGAGCUUCAACCACACCGUUCACAGAGCAGAGCUUCAACCACACCGUUCACAGAGCAGAACUUCUCACCACACCGUUCACAGAGCAGAGCUUCAACCAACACCGUUCACGAGCGAAACUUCAACCCCCACCGUUCACAGAGCAGAACUUCAAUCACCGUUCACGAAGAAGAAAGUUUCAAACCACACGUUCACAGAGCAGAGCUUCAACCACACCGUUCACAGAGAGAAACUUCAACCACACCGUUUCACAGAGCUUCAAACAACAGACCGGUUCACAGAGCGAAACUUCAACCCCCACCCGUUCACAGAGCAGAACUUCAAUCACACCGUUCCACAGAGAAAGAGUUUUCCAACCACAACCAAAAAGUUCACGAGAGCUUACCUUUCAACACCGUUCCACAGAGCAGAACUUCAAUUCACAACCGUUCAAAGAGCAGAGUUUUCAACCACAAACCGUUCACAGAGCGAAACUUCACCCCCCGUUCAGAGAAGAGUUUCAACCCCACCGUUCACAGAGCAGAGCUUCAACCACACCGUUCACAGAGCAGAACUUCAACCACACCGUUCACAGAGCAGAACUUCAACCACACCGUUCAAAGAGCUGAGUUUCAACCACACCGUUCACAGAGCGAAACUUCACCCCACCGUUCACAGAGCAGAACUUCAAUCACAGCGUUCAACAGAGAAGAUUUCAACACAACCGUUACAGAGCGAAACUUCAACCCCACCGUUCACAGAGCAGAACUUCAAUCACACCGUUUACAGAGCAGAGCUUCAACCCCACCGUUCACAGAGCAGAACUUCAACCCCACCGUUCACAGAGCAGAACUUCAACCCCACCGUUCACAGAGCAGAGCUUCAACCACACCGUUCACAGAGCAGAACUUCAACCACACCGUUCACAGAGCAGAACUUCAACCCCACCGUUCACAGAGCAGAGUUUCAACCACACCGUUCACAGAGCAGAGCUUCAACCCCACCGUUCACAGAGCAUAGCUUCAACCACACCGUUCACAGAGCAGAGCUUCAACCACACCGUUCACAGAGCAGAGUUUCAACCACACCGUUCACACAGAGCAACAGACCUUCAAGACGAGUUCAACCACAGUUCAUAGAGCAGUUCACACGUUCACAGAGCAGAGCUUCACCACAGUUCACAGAGCAGAGCUUCAACCACACCGUUCACAGAAGCAUUAAGCUUCACCACACCGUUCACAAGCAAGAGCUUCAACCACAACCGUUUCACAGAGCAGAGGCUUCAACCACACCGGUUCACAGAGGCAUUAGCUUCAACCACAACCGUUCACAGGUAGCCAGAACCAACCAACCACCCCGUUCACAGAGACAGAGCAGAACUUCAACCACACGUUCACCGAGGCAGGAAGCCUUCCACACCGUUCACAGAGCAGAGCUUCAACCACACCAUUCAUCAACCCCGCCGUUCACAGAGCAGAGCUUCAACCACACCGUUCACAGAGCAGAACUUCAACCCCACCGUUCACAGAGCAGAGCUUCAACCACACCGUUCACAGAGCAGAACUUCAACCCCACCGUUCACAGAGCAGAGUUUCAACCCACCGUUCACAGAGAAGAGUUUCAACCCCACCGUUCACAGAGAAGAGUUUCAACCCCACCGUUCACAGAGCAGAACUUCAACCCCACCGUUCACAGAGCAGAGUUUCAACCCCACCGUUCACAGAGCAGAGCUUCAACCCCACCGUUCACAGAGCAGAACUUCAACCCCACCGUUCACAGAGCAGAGCUUCAACCACACCGUUCACAGAGCAGAGCUUCAACCCCACCGUUCACAGAGCAGGGUUGA